AUGGCAGAUCGAAGUGGCGGGCGGAUUGGCGGAGGAGUAAUGGUGCUGGUAGACAACGAUCAUAAGCAAUUGACUGGUGGGCAAUUAGUGACGCCGAAUAUUCAAGCCACUUUGUGUUGCAUCAAAGCACCAGGAAGGGAUACCUGGGUAGCAUGUGUAUACAGAAGCCCAGGAUCAAGUCAGGACGAAGAUCGCCAGCUGCUGUCAUUCCUAAAGACUGUAGCGAAGAAGAACGGAACUGUAGUAAUUGUUGGAGACUUCAGCGCUCCUGGGGCAAUGUGGAAGGAACUGAUUGCUCCACCCAACACAUUUGGGAACGAUAUAAUGAAGUUUGUACUGGACUUUGCUCUUGUUCAGCAUGCCACAAGUCCAAAAAGUGGGCGGGUAGGGAAUAACCCUGGGUUUCUGGACUUGGUGAUCACGGAACAUUCCAGCGAGGUCGGCUACCUGAGAAUCACAGCACCACUUGGGCGGAGUGACUAUGGAGUGCUGCGUUUCACCAUUCCAGGUGUGGUAGAUGUACCCUCACCGAAGCUGUCAAGGGCUUAUAGUAAAAUCGAUAAACCGCGUAUGCUCGAGGCGGCUGAAAGAUUGGAAUGGAACGUGCCGUGUGGGAGCGUUGAGAAGGGUUGGCAGCUUUCAAGGAGAACCUCGGGCGGCUCACUGCUCACUGCGCCACAUAAAGCUGUUAGGAAAAAGGAAAGGCCUGCAUGGCGGACGAGCCGUGCCACCAAGGCACAGCAAAUGAAAAACCAAGCGCGGAGGCGAUUUAAAAGAAAAGGGGCCAUAGGUGCCUGGUCCAAUACAAGGGGAAAAGUGAAAGAGCUAAAGGAGUUCAGAUGGGUUGCCGCCUUCAGUUUGAACGAAGACUGGCAAACAGAGCACAGGGCUAGCCGAAGGCAUACUAUAGCUAUGUCUAGUCCAAUGUAG